ACUUCCUCACUUUCCCUCUUUCUCUUUCUGUGGUCAAGUUAAAAAAAAAUAAUAACAAUAGAUAAAAUUAAAAUAAAUAAAUUUUUAAAAUUAAAACACAACACAGUAGGUAAGCUCCAGAGUAGAAUGGAAGUGUCAGGUAGUAGAAUCAGUAAACUGGAAGAUAGAACAAUAAAAUUACCUAAACUGAACAACACUGUGAAAGCAGACUUCACCCCCCUCAAAAAAAUUAAAACCUUAGGAACCUAUGAGAUUAACAUGAUGAGAUUCCAAAUAUGGCAAGAGACAAACCUACAGAUAGAAGAAGCUGAAGAAUCCAAAUAAGACAACUCCAAAGAAGCCUACACAAAGAUCUUUUAUAGGGUUAUAGGGUGUUAUAGGGUGCAUGCAUUUGCCUGAAGCAGAGAAAGAGAGAGAAAUUAUCCUCCAAGAGAGAAGACCAUGACACCAUCCCUUCUCCUCACGACAUUUUGAGCACACACACACAUGCUCAUGGCCUGUUUUUCAAGUCAUAAGGUCCAGGAUUCGAACCGUGGAGUCAGUCAUGAAACAUCUACCUGCCUUAACCUCCACACCAUCUGUUGGUUCCACAGAUCAAAAUUAAACUUCAGGAAACUAAAUUUUAAAAAAAUCUUGAAAGCGGCUGCUCCGGCUGGGUGAACAUGGUGCUGCGAGCGGCGUGGAGCAUGCGGACCGUGGCCUGCAGCCUGUGCUGGCCUCGGCGUCCGCCGUGGCCCUGGCGGCUGCGGGUGGGCGCUGUCCAGACGCUGCGCACGGGACCGCUUCUACUGUCGGUGUGUAAAUUCACGGAGAAACAUGAGUGGAUAACAACAGAAAACGGUAUUGGAACAGUGGGAAUCAGCAGUUUUGCACAGGAAGCUUUGGGAGAGAUUUAUUGUAGUCUGCCUGAAGUCCGGACAAAACUGAAUAAACAAGAUGAGUUUGGUGCUUUAGAAAGUGUGAUCGCUGCUAGUGAACUCUAUUCUCCUCUGUCAGGAGGAGUAACUGAAAUUAAUGAAGCUCUUGCAGAAAAUCCAGGACUUGUCAACAAAUCUGAAGAUGGUUGACUGAUCAAGAUGACACUGAGUUACCCUUCAGAACUAGAUAGACUAAUGAGUGAAGAUGCGUAUGAGAAAUAUGUAAGUCUACUGAAGAGUAAAAGUAGAACCCUUAGUGUAAAACAACUUAAUCCAGGCAUAGUUGUCGUAAAUUAGUGGUUGAUAGAAGACUGAAAACGCAACUUUUAGCAAUGCCAGUGGAAAAAGAAACUACUCUGAACACCACUACUGGAAAGAAAAACCCCUUAACUUUCUAACGAUCAGAUAUAUAUAUAUUUUGAGAGUUUUUUGCUAUAGAAUGGGUGUGCUCACCAGAC